AUGGCGCUUAAAACCAACCUAGUUAUUUUUGCCGAUGCUUUUGUUCGGGGCAUCCUCACUAUUAUCGAGUUAGCUCUACUGCUGGCCUUGUCCUUGGGAAUACAGUUUAGCUCGGCUUACUUCGCUUGGUUUGUGCACCAGCAUCUCCGACCUGCUAUGGAUGUUGAUGCCGAUUUAUUCAAAACAAAAGAAGCCUUUAUCUAUUUCUCCUUUCUGACCAUCUACUCGACUGUCGUCGCAUGGGGAGCACUGCCCUACUACAGUAUCCGGAAGGAGUUACCUAUACAGGCAAGGAGCUGUCUCGCUGGCAUGUUCUUCUUGUUUUCAACAUCCUCGGCAGUAGUUUCAAUCCGUGUUCUCUUCCACAUGAAGCUAUACUGGAUUCGUUUCGUACAAGCUGAUCUCCCGUACCUUGCAAAUCAUUGCCACGCAAUGGUGAUUUUGAUUAGUGCUCUUGUCGGGCUUAAUGCGAGUCUGGUUAUUACUUUCGUGUCUUUUACGAUGAUUCUGGGUUAUCCCACUGUCGUUUCAUCAACACUUCAACAGAUGUUAACGGAUACUCGCGAAGUCAUGAAGCGGGUUGGUUUUGGUGUACCAAUUGAACAGGAUAACGAGGAUAAAGGUCUAGCUUAG